GGGAUCUGUCCGGGGGAGGCCUGGGGCCGCUGGCUUGUGCGCUGUCUUCGCCGCCCCCCCUUUCGCCGCCGCCGCCGCCUCGGGCAUGUCGUCCAACUGCACUAGCACCACGGCGGUGGCGGUGGCGCCGCUCAGCGCCAGCAAGACCAAGACCAAGAAGAAGCAUUUCGUGUGCCAGAAAGUGAAGCUAUUCCGGGCCAGCGAGCCGAUCCUCAGCGUCCUGAUGUGGGGGGUGAACCACACGAUCAAUGAGCUGAGCAAUGUCCCUGUCCCUGUCAUGCUAAUGCCAGAUGACUUCAAAGCCUACAGCAAGAUCAAGGUGGAUAAUCAUCUCUUCAAUAAGGAGAACCUCCCCAGCCGCUUUAAGUUUAAAGAGUACUGCCCGAUGGUGUUCCGAAAUCUCCGUGAGAGGUUUGGGAUUGAUGAUCAGGAUUACCAGAACUCAGUGACACGCAGUGCACCCAUCAACAGUGACAGCCAGGGCCGGUGUGGUACGCGUUUCCUUACCACCUAUGACCGACGCUUUGUCAUCAAGACUGUGUCAAGUGAGGAUGUGGCUGAGAUGCACAACAUCUUAAAGAAAUACCACCAGUUCAUAGUGGAGUGUCAUGGUAACACCCUUCUGCCACAGUUCCUGGGCAUGUACCGCCUGACUGUGGACGGCGUGGAAACCUACAUGGUGGUCACGAGGAAUGUGUUUAGCCAUCGUCUCACUGUACACCGCAAGUAUGACCUCAAGGGUUCUACUGUUGCCAGAGAAGCAAGUGACAAAGAGAAGGCCAAGGACUUGCCAACAUUCAAAGAUAAUGACUUCCUCAAUGAAGGACAGAAGCUGCAUGUGGGAGAAGAGAGUAAAAAGAACUUCCUGGAGAAACUGAAGCGGGAUGUUGAGUUCCUGGCCCAGCUAAAGAUCAUGGACUACAGCCUGCUGGUAGGCAUCCAUGAUGUGGACCGGGCUGAGCAGGAGGAGAUGGAAGUGGAGGAGCGAGCAGAGGACGAGGAAUGUGAGAACGACGGGGUGGGCAGCAACCUGCUCUGCUCCUAUGGCACACCUCCGGAUAGCCCUGGCAACCUCCUCAGCUUUCCCCGGUUCUUUGGUCCUGGGGAGUUCGACCCCUCUGUUGAUGUCUAUGCCAUGAAAAGCCACGAAAGUGCCCCCAAAAAGGAGGUCUAUUUCAUGGCCAUCAUUGACAUCCUCACACCAUAUGAUGCUAAGAAGAAAGCUGCACACGCUGCCAAAACAGUGAAGCAUGGGGCAGGGGCCGAGAUCUCGACUGUGAACCCUGAGCAGUACUCCAAACGCUUCAACGAGUUCAUGUCCAACAUCCUGACGUAGUUUUCUUCUGCCUUCAGCCAGAGCCAGAGAGCUGGAUAUGGGAUCGGGGAUUGGAGAGGGAGAGGAUAUUUUGGGGCUAGAUGGGAGGAUAGGGAACAGAGUGGGGGGCCUGGAAGGCUUUAGUAUUGAGACUGUAGCCUGUGACACUGAGAGCAGCUUUAGCUAGGGAAGAGGGGGAUGUGCUGUGUAUGCACAUGCUCACAGGACAUAACCUCACCUUCUGUUUACCCUUGAUUUUUUUUUCCCCAUUUGACCCAGGUUACAAAGGUGUUCCCUUUGGUAUCUUGUGACUUGGUGGGUUUAUUUGGGCUUUGUUUCUGAAAUUUCAUUGCUCACCUUGGCCACCUUCCCAUCCCUGCCCGGCUCUCAGUUUCCUUAAAUUAAAGAGGCACCUGGUAGGCCCAGCACAGAGGUCUGCUCCGAGCAGGGUGCACUGACACCAGCAAGGAGAAGAGGUCAGACACCUCGCCCUGCUGCAUUUGAUCUUACUUGGAUUAACUUUUUAAUUUUAUAGAGUAUUGUGCAUAAUUUCUUCUACCUUUCUACCUUGGAUCCAAGUGAAAUGUUACGUUUUUAUUCCUCCGUUCUAUCCUCCAGUGCUGUCCUCCCAAAGGAGCACUGCAGGCCAAUGCCUGACAUCUUGGAUCAGAGUUGGAGACCUCCAAGGGGAACAGGUCCAUCCUCAUGGGAUGGUAAUGGGUGAGGGAGCUGCUGGGCUCUUGGACAGGUGGUUCUCAGAGAACCCUGUGGUCAUCAUCCAAGUCCCAGGCUCGCUUGGUCCCUGGAGUUGAGAUAUUCUGUCAAGCCUGCUUCAUUGGCUCAAGAGGACCUAGAAAGCACCUUUGGAUAUAACAGAACUCUCGUGUUUAAAUGGGAACUUCCUUUGGGAAGACCCCCAAAACUGAUGUAUGUCAAAUAAGGUCUUGUGAGCCUCAUCUAUUCCUUCCUACUGACCUCCAGGCGCUCUCACCUGUGGUUGGCUUGUCACCGAGGACAGAGCUCCGAGAACCUGGGUGCUCUUUGCAGAGACACCUCUUUAAGCCUCAGGCCCACCAUGUAGAUGUCUGGCUCUCUGUACUCAUGGUUUUUCACCUGGACGGUUAUAGCAAGCAAGGUGCCCACAACAAGGAGUGUGGCAUCCAAAACUGAGGUUGCUUCUGAGUCACUUGAGGAUGUGACUCAGGAAAUCCAACUUGAAAACCUGAGUGGGGUUUGACCCAGCUCCAGCAUUGGGGCUGUUUUUCUUUUAUUGCCUCUCUCUAAACCUGUGGCCCACAAGACUCUGGAAGAAGUGGCAUCCUGCAGCUUCCUUCAGGAUUUCCAUCCAGUCUCACAGUCUGCCUCCCAGGCUCUCAGAAGUGAGCCACACCUGUUUUGUUACCAUCAGCAGCUGGUCGCCAGGAGGGAAAAUGGCUCCAUUGUUCCAUGUUGGGGGUGGUACAUUCCUAUAUCAUCCCACCCCCUCACCAAUAAUUGGGAACUUGGGAUGAAAGAUGGUAAAAUUUGUAGAUAACCCCAAAGAUGUGAAGUUGGUUUGUGAAUCAUUUUAAAUGAAUAGGUGGUUUCCUGUGGCUUCCUCCAAAAUGGCCAAGCUCGGCUUCUGGAGCAGAAACCAAUGCUGUGUGUGUCUUGCCCACAGCAUUCAGGUCAGGAAGGAAUGGAGGCAGCAUUCUUAGGCCUCGUUGGGGCCGCCCCCUUCUGGAAGGGCAGAGCUAGCUUUGAACAAUUAGAGCAGGGCCAUGAAGUGACUCGGGAAACACUUGGAACCAUGUGGCUCUGGGAGAAAACAAUUUUGACUUAGGAAAGGGAUUAUGUAGGAAUAAUGUUUGGACUUGAUUUCCCCACCUCAUAAUCAAGAGUGAAAUUUUGGAUCUGUUCCCAGUUAGGCCCAGCAUCUCCACAGCUUGGAAAGCUGUCUUCCAGCAGCCUCCAUAGCCUUGGGCCCCGCCAGCUUUUCUGCACUGGGUCUGCUGAUCAUGUUGCCAUAAUGUGUAUCAAAAAGUGUCACACAAUCUUAUCAGUUAAAGCAACUACCAGGUAUCUAACUUGUUUAACAUUGAGUUUUUGUGGGUUUUUUUUAAAAAAAUUAUAUAUAUAUAUAUACACACACACAUAUAUAUAUAUAUAUUGUUUACAUUUUGAGAGGUAGCAUUCUGUUUCAAAUGCUUUUUGUUUUCCUGACAGUAUUGUUGAUUGGGUCGAAACAUUUGAGCUGUGGUUUGGUGGAUUUUAGAUUUUUUUUUAAAGGUCAUUCUCUGUGCUAUCUUCAAAACCUUGGGUUUGGCCCUCUAAUUCCUUUGGCAUUCAGAUGUUUAAAACCUAUUUAUCUUGGUUUAUACAAGUUUUCUUUCUCUUCUUUUGUAAUGAUAAAGAUGUUGUUUGGCUUGCAGUCUGAAAAUGAAUUGAUCCCCGCGUUCACCUGCUCCCUCUUCUUUCCCAAGUCCUACCAUUCCCUUUGUGGGCAGUAGGAGGCGUCUCAGGGGAAGGGACUAUUCCUAACCUACCUCCCCCAGGCCAUGCAGAGAAGCUGAACAGUCUUAUGGCACCCCAGAAUAAUUUGGGGUCUCCUGGAAACAAAGGUAUAGGAAUAAGGACUAGGCUGAAUGGUGAGGCCUGGGUGAGAUAAGGGCAGGGUUCCUUUCCAUUCCCUCAUUCUCCCCUUUACUGGGUAACAUCUACUCAACUUCUCUGUCCCUCUUCUGAAAUGUCACAGCUGAGCAAUCAUCUCCCAGUCAUCACCAACAACAGCAUGGUGGGGGGUACUUGGAAAGAUGUGAGGGGUGCUUAGAAAAUCACACUGGCAGACCCCUAGACGAAAGCCUGGCCUUGUGUCCUUGUUCAUUAACCACGGGGUCUUUCCUCCAGGACACUUGCCUUCUCUGAGGCUGGUGGGGUUGCAGGGCAUCCGGGAAGCCAGCAGUUCUAGGAGCAGAGUUCCAGAAGCAGUGCUCCGUCCUCAUCUAGCUCAGGGGUCACUGGUCUGUGGCUUACCCAUGAGUGGCCCCUGUGGCUGUUCUCAGUGGCACUCAAGUUUCCACUACAGGCAGCUUUUCCUCCUUCCCCCACUCCCUCCUUCACUCCUCUCCUGUGCUCUAGGCCUGAGCACCUCUUGGUAAUGCUCAGGGUGUGAGACAGAGACUUGAGACUCCUGCCCCAGAGAUGUUCCCCCUUCACAGUCUGCCCCACCAAUUCUGGGGCUUUCUUCAUAGCCAGUCCCACCCCCUAUUAUCUUUUUUACCAAAUCAAGUCUGGAGAGAAAAACAUUAGCACUCUCUAGCAUUUGAAUGUUGAAGGCUAGAAGGACAGUGUGUUAACCCUCAGAGCUCUGGCCUUAGACCUGUGGUCCCCUCACGUCUAGAGACCUCACUUAAAGGCAGUAAUGUAGGAAGGGGGGGUCCUCAAAGGGAAGCACAUUCAAACAGCUACCCCCAAAUCGACCUGCCGUCUGCAAGGGGCAGUGAUACGACUCUAGGCCUCCUUUGAUAAAUGCCACUUAUGAAGAGUAGCCCUUAUGGAAAAUGGAAAGGAGACUCAGCUGUUCCUUAGCAGGUCAUGCUGAGAUCCCAGGAAAGAGGCUGGGGAAGAAAUUUUUAGAACACUUGGACUUACAGCCAUUUUGUGACGAGGUAGGGGUGGCAGGCCUGGGGAAAGCCCUAUGCUGCUCAGCACACCACAACAUCAGGUCAGAUCAUUGUAAACAAAAAAUAUGAAGUUUGGAGUCACCUUUUAGGGAAGCAGGAUAAACUACCACCCCACCAUGGGUGGGACUUUUCAGCUUCCCACUGCAAGUUCAUUUUUUUAAAUAGGAAUUUUCCACCCCCUGUGCUUGUCUAAUGUCCACUCGAAACAGUUCGAGACCCCGUUACUGUUUUAAAAUGCAUGCAUGUUAAGAUGAAUCUCCAACCCAAGGAAAAAAUAAAACUCAAAAAGCUUUGUGUA